UUAAUCUUGGCCUCUUGUCUCCCCAAAGAGAGAAAGAUUGAGAUGGGUUUUUAUCUUCUUUCAUCACCGACUCUGAGAGCUAUUCUCAUGGUCUUGGGCACCCUGUGGCUCCUGCCGGAAUUCAUGGUGGCCCAGCAUUCAGGAAUCACCAGGCACUAUAAAUUUGAUAUCAAGCUUAAGAAUGUGACAAGGCUAUGCCACACCAAGAGCAUUGUGACUGUGAAUGGCCAGUUUCCGGGGCCCCGAAUCGUCGCUCGGGAGGGUGACCGGGUGCUUAUUAAGGUGGUUAAUCAAGUCCAAAACAACAUCACCUUGCACUGGCAUGGAAUUCGGCAGCUCCGGAGCGGAUGGGCGGACGGGCCGGCCUAUGUGACUCAAUGCCCCAUUCAGACCGGCCAGGCCUAUGUAUACAACUUCACCAUUACUGGACAGAGAGGGACUCUGUUCUGGCAUGCCCACAUUUCAUGGCUAAGGUCCACCCUUUAUGGACCCGUUGUCAUUCUUCCCAAGCGCAAUGCCUCUUACCCCUUCACCAAACCCUACAAGGAAGUCCCCAUCAUCUUUGGAGAAUGGUGGAAUACAGACCCUGAGGCUGUGAUCAGUCAGGCUUUGCAGACAGGAGGGGGCCCAAAUGUCUCUGAUGCCUACACCAUCAAUGGUCUUCCCGGUCCAUUGUACAACUGCUCGGCCAAAGAUACAUUCAAGCUGAAGGUGAAGCCUGGGAAGACUUACCUCCUCCGUCUGAUCAACGCUGCACUCAAUGACGAGCUAUUCUUCAGCAUCGCCAACCACUCUCUCACAGUUGUUGACGUGGAUGCAGUCUACGUGAAACCCUUCGACACAGAGACGCUUCUUAUUACACCAGGCCAAACCACCAAUGUCCUUCUAAAGACCAAGCCUCACUACCCCAACGCCACCUUCCUCAUGGCCGCUAGGCCGUAUGUCACCGGCCUUGGCACCUUCGACAACUCCACCACUGCCGGAAUUCUCGAAUACCAACUUCCAUCCACCACCACCACCACCAGAUCAUCAUCAGCAGCUAAGAAACUCUUGAAGCCAACACUUCCUCCCCUCAAUGACACCACCUUGGCCACCAACUUCGCCAAGAGAUUGCGCAGCUUGGCCACAGCUCAAUUUCCUGCAAAUGUCCCUCAGACUGUGGACAGGCGCUUCUUCUUCACGGUAGGCUUGGGGAGUAGCCCAUGCCCGCAGAACCAGACCUGCCAAGGGCCUAACGGCACCAAGUUCUCGGCCUCAAUCAACAAUGUCUCCUUUGCACUCCCCAACACCGCCCUCCUGCAGGCUCAUUUCUUUGGGCAGGCCAAGGGUGUGUACACCACUGAUUUCCCCACAAACCCACCCUUUCCUUUCAACUACACCGGCACUCCACCCAACAACACAUUUGUGAACAAUGCUACCAAGGUUGUGGUGCUGCCUUUCAACACCAGCGUCGAGCUAGUGAUGCAGGACACUAGCAUACUUGGUGCUGAAAGCCACCCUCUCCACCUCCAUGGAUUCAAUUUCUUCGUCGUUGGCCAAGGAUUCGGUAACUUUGAUCCCAACAAGGAUCCUGCCAGCUUCAAUCUUGUCGAUCCUGUGGAGAGGAACACCGUCGGUGUGCCAUCCGGCGGUUGGGUAGCCAUUCGCUUCAUCGCAGACAACCCAGGAGUAUGGUUCAUGCAUUGCCACCUUGAAGUCCACACAAGUUGGGGUUUGAAGAUGGCAUGGGCUGUGAUGGAUGGAAAGCUCCCAAAUCAAAAGCUGCCACCUCCACCGUCUGAUCUUCCAAAGUGUUGAUCUUGAUCGCUUAAAUUCGUUUGGAAUGGACUAGUGCAAUUAUUUAUUAACUUAUUAAUUUUGAUUAUCCGUUUUGUUUUUUUUUUCUCCUUACAAUAUCUCAGCUCCCCUUAACAGAAGAGUCAGUCCUUUGAGGCCUUGGUGUUUGUAUUUGUUUUUUUCUUUCAAAUUUUUAUUUUUAUUUUCUUCCUUCCUUGAAGGAGAAAAGAGAGAACAAUAAAAGAAAGGCCAAGUUUUUGUAUUUGUCUGAA